CCAACCACAGUGCCAAGCAGUGCCGCACCCCCUGCGCCCUGCGCUCGGCGUGCGGGGAGUGCACGAGCGGCAGCUCCGAGUGCAUGUGGUGCAGCAACAUGAGGCAGUGCGUGGAUUCCAACGCCUACGUGGCCUCCUUCCCCUACGGACAGUGCAUGGAGUGGUACACCAUGAGCAGCUGCCCCCCUGAGAACUGCUCGGGCUACUGCACGUGUGCCCACUGCCUGGAGCAGCCUGGCUGCGGGUGGUGCACGGAUCCCACCAACACCGGCAAGGGAAAGUGCAUGGAAGGCUCUUCCCGGGGGCCCGUCAGGAUGCCCAGCCCGUCCCCGGCGGGGAAGCAGAGCCUGGAGCCCGUCCUCAACGUCAGCAUGUGCCCCGUGGAGAGCAGCUACAGCUGGGCCUUCAUCCAGUGCCCAGCCUGCCAGUGUAAUGGGCACAGCAAGUGUGUCAAUGAGAGCAUCUGUGAGAAAUGUGAGAACCUGACAACAGGCAAACACUGUGAGACUUGCAUUUCUGGCUACUACGGGGAUCCCACCAACGGGGGGACGUGUCAGCCCUGCAAGUGCAACGGCCACGCGUCCGUCUGCAACACCAACACUGGCAAGUGUUUCUGCACCACCAAGGGGAUCAAAGGAGAUGAGUGUCAGCUGUGCGAAGUCGAAAACAGAUAUCAGGGAAAUCCACUCAAAGGAACAUGUUACUAUACCCUCCUCAUCGACUAUCAGUUCACCUUCAGCCUGUCCCAGGAGGACGAUCGUUAUUACACCGCAAUCAACUUCGUGGCCACCCCCGAAGAGCAAAACAGAGACCUGGACAUGUUCAUCAACGCAUCCAAAAACUUCAACCUCAACAUUACUUGGUCCACAAGUUUUGCAGCUGGCACACAGGCUGGGGAGGAGAUUCCAGUCGUUUCCAGAACCAACAUCAAAGAGUACAAGGACAGUUUCUCCAACGAGAAGUUCGAUUUCCGCAACAACCCCAACAUCACGUUCUUUGUGUACGUCAGCAACUUCACCUGGCCCAUAAAAAUCCAGAUUGCAUUCUCACAGCACAGCAACUUUAUGGACCUGGUGCAGUUCUUUGUGACGUUUUUCAGUUGUUUCCUGUCCUUGCUCCUGGUGGCAGCUGUGGUUUGGAAGAUCAAACAGAGCUGUUGGGCGUCGCGACGGAGAGAGCAACUCCUGCGCGAGAUGCAACAGAUGGCGAGUCGCCCCUUCGCCUCCAUCAACGUUGCCUUAGAAACAGAUGAAGAGCCACCAGAUCUCAUCGGGGGGAGCAUAAAGACGGUACCAAAGCCCAUCGCGCUCGAGCCCUGCUUCGGGAACAAAGCGGCCGUCCUCUCCGUCUUCGUGAGGUUGCCUCGAGGACUUGGGGGAAUUCCACCACCAGGACAGUCAGGUCUCGCCGUGGCCAGCGCUCUGGUGGACAUUUCACAACAGAUGCCAAUUGCCUACAAAGAGAAAUCGGGCGCCGUCCGAAAUCGGAAGCAGCAGCCCCCUGCACAGCCAGGAACCUGUAUUUGAUGCAUGGACAUCACAAACUCUCUUAGGGUUUUAAACAAAAUGGAAAAGGAAUCCCCAGGAGGAGGAGGAGGAAGAGGAGGAAGAUUUCCAAGUUGUGUCCCAAGAGACUCGAAG